CUCGACUGUUCUCAUGUCCCUCAAUUUCCCUGACCAUUGCCGCCAACAUGGGCAAAUUCUACGAUCUGCCCGUCGAAAUAAUUGAAGAGAUUCUCCUCCAAUGUGAUCCAAUAGAAGUAGGCAUCAUUUCAUGCUGUUCUCGAUUGUUCUACGACCUGGUUUACAACUCUCCGGGUGAUUCCUCUCAACAUAUUUGGCGCGCACUCUAUCUUGCGCAACCUUUCGAUGAUCCCACUCGAUGCGUAUCACAGAAUGGGCGGCCUCGCGUAGGGCAGUUUGAUUGGAGAUCAGAAUUACAGGCUAUAAUCCGUGCAAGGACGGUACUAGAGGAUGUAUCGAUAUGCAAACCGCAUGAAAGGAUACAAGUACUGAAGACGCUGUUGAAUAUGGUUUGCUGGGUACCUCCGCUUGGAUCAUAUGGAGACAUCAUCGAGAAUUUAUCCCAGAACUUACUCUGGGUGACCGCCGUCACUCGCGGUGGCGUAUUCCUCGAUCCUGGCAAGAUUGGAUUGCCUUCAGACGAUCCUGAACUAGCAGAGGAAGAAGCACAGCUACGUGCUAGGCUUCAUACAACCAUUGGAUUGACACCCGCAGAUUACAAGCCCGCUUCGCGGCUUGCUGCUCGGGCGUAUAUCUAUAAUAUGCGUCACUAUAAUUGGUCAAACGAAUUUGGACCUUUCCUUCCUUCGAGCACGGAGGGUAGUGGGGUUGGAAAGGUCAAUUGGGUACACAUGAAGCACAUACAUCAUUCAAUGACCAUGCAUAUGCUGGAGUUGGCGGAUGAUGCAGGGUUCGAGGUUGUGAUAUACCCAUUGAGUUUCCCGUAUACGCAAAUCAUUAUUCCAGAAGGAAUAGACUUAGACCAGGAGGAUGAUUGGGCUGGGGUUAAUGGGGUGUGGACUGUUUCGUUCUGUUUCGUGGAUCAUGCGCUUCUACUUCGUUAUAAUAACAUUCCUAACUCGGAGCCUGGUCCAUUCCGCGAAUCGCUUUUAACUGGUCCGGGUUUUCAAGAGAUGUUUCGCUCCAUGAAAGUAAAUUUACAAGUCACUAACGUGAAGGAGGACCCAAAUCAUCCCGGACGACCCCGAAUAUAUUUUCUCGGUGCUAUCACAGAUCCUUCACCUAGCACGUCUACUAUCAACGGCUAUGUUUGUAUGACUGACGACGAUCAGAUUCGAUGGCAUUUUGUCUCGGGAGAACAAGGUCAAGCGAUUUGGAGCUCGGAGGGUGUCCAAGUCGGUGGUAUCCGCUCAUCGUAUGGAGUGUUGGGUUCUUGGACAACAAUAUUCCACGACGACGACGAUCCUGUUGGGCCAUUCUGGCUUCGAAAACCUCCCCAGGAACGAUCUAUGUUCUCUGCAACAUCUUUAACCUGAUCAUAAUCACUUAAGCAAGGGUUUUGCAAUAGUACUUACUGUAAGUUAGUUUUAUUCCAGAUAGACUGCAGCAAUGGGGAACCUGUAGAAAGGAAGAGAACAAGUAGAAGGAUGCAACCCGAGUAAUAACGACUGCCUGUUCUCUCACCUGUUCACUCAGCGGUUAUUUUCCGUAAAGACAAGAACAUAAUAAACAUACAACAAUCUGUACAUCCAAGCUUAUGGACAGCAUGUAGGACUAGAUCAUCCCCCUGAGUUUUCUGCCUAAAUAUGCAUCCUGAUAAU